GUGUGUUAUAUGAAAAGAAAAGGAAUUGGAGGUUUGACAUUCUGGACUCUAGAAAGGGAUGAUUCUACUGGAGUAGGAUGUGGCCGAGGAAAGUUUCCGCUCAUUAGGACAGCCCGCAUCGUAUGCUAUGUCAAUAACUGGGGACAAUACAGGCAGGGUAAAGGGAGAUUUCUGCCUGAGAAUAUUGAUGCCAUGGUCUGUACUCACGUCGUUUACGCCUAUGCCUGGAUUAAAAAUGGCGUCAUUUCCCCGGUGAGGCCGGAGAAGGAGGAGUCAGAAAACUGGCGAGAAGGAUUGUACCAUCGCGUUGUCCACAUGAAAAUAUUCAAUCCAAAUAUGAAAGUAAUUCUUGCAGUUGGCGGAUACAGUGCAGGCAGUGCAGGUUUUGAGGGUGUUUCGCAGAACUCCGAGACCAGGAAAGCAUUCUCCAUACACGCCGUCAGAUUUCUGCACGAGAGGAAGUUUGAUGGGCUUGAAGUCGAUUGGCAAUACGUGACGGCUGAUUUUAGAUUGAAUAAUCUGCUGUUGUUACAGGCAUUAAGAUCUGCGUUCGACGAAGAUGCGAGGGUCACUGGGAGACAACGUCUACUUCUGACAGUGGCUUUGCCAUCUGGCAAGAAACACAUUGAUGAUGGAUAUGGCGAUGAAAUUGAAUCUCUAAUUAAGUUCAUAGAUUUUGUCUCUCUCUUGACCUACGACUUUCAUGGGAGCUGGGAUGUAAACACGGGCUUUCACACUGCUUUGUACGCCCGUCCUGGAGACACUGGCGAGGAAAGUUACCUUAAUGUGGACUGGGUCGUUAGGUAUUAUGUUUCACUGGGUGUACCUAAAGAGCUUAUCAACAUUGGCGUUGCUACAUACGGGAGGUCGUUUACUCUUAAGGAAGCUCACCAUAAUUACGUGGGUGCCGCGGUCAUGCGCCCAGGGGAGCCCGGCCCAUAUACUAACCAACCAGGACUGUUGGCUUAUUACGAGAUUUGUGACCUGAAAGCCUCAGGUGGUAGAGUAGUACGUGAUCGUGUACAAAUGGCCACCUACUUGUACAAGGACUACCAAUGGGUUAGCUACGACGAUAUUGCAACUGUCACUGACAAGACCUGUUACGUAAGGGAUGGGGGCUAUGGAGGUAUCCUAUUAUGGUCUUUGGACUACGACGACUUCACUGGGGACAGCUGCCAUGAAGGAAGAUACCCACUUAUGACAGUUGUUUUUCUUAUCUUGGAUAAUUCAAAUAUGAAAGUAUGCCCUAG